AUGGCCACGGACAAUCCAGUCCGCGUUCUCCUCCCCCUCGCUCCCGCCGACGCCGAGGGGCACCGAUUCAUCAAGCCUACCAAGCGAAUCCACGAACACCCCGACGUGUCCGACUUUCUCUGCUCGCGCGCCUACGUCGAUCUAAUGACAUUUCUACUGCAAUUGAAUCGGUCGAUGCUCCCUCGCAAGCUCCCAGACGGCAGCGUCCAGGCGUGGCCGCUGAACUCGGACGCCGUGGGGUUCUCCGCUCCCGUCCGACAGCUGCAGCUGCUACUAUCCAAGCUGGAGGGGACCCUGUCUGAAGUCCCACCCGACACCGGUCCGCGUCGUUUCGGCAAUGUCAGUUUUCGCAAGUGGUAUCAGAUCGUGGAGAGCCGGGCGACGGACCUGCUGGAGGAAUGUCUGUCGGGGGAAAUGCUGCAUAUGCGUUCUGCGUUGGACCCCGAGGGUCCUACCGCGGAGGAGGAGCUGAAGGCGUACUUUCUGGGCAGCUGGGGUAGCCCGCAACGUCUGGACUAUGGGACGGGACACGAGUUGAGCUUUCUGGCGUUUCUGGGUUGCAUCUGGAAGCUGAAUGGGUUUCCGAAGAGUGGUCCUGGGGUCGAGGAGAGGGAGAUUGUCCUGGGAGUGAUGCAGCCAUACUUUGAACUGGUACGCACCAUCAUCAAAUCCUACACCCUCGAACCAGCAGGCUCCCACGGCGUCUGGGGUCUCGACGACCACUCCUUCAUCCCAUACAUCUUCGGCUCCGCCCAGCUCGCCCCCGCCAUCUCCGAAUCCGACCGCGUCCCAGAGGAAGGCUCCUUACCAGACGCACCCGAUCCCAGCGGUGUAGCCAAAGCGAACAUCGUCGCGAGAGAACGCAUCACAAACCUAUACUUCUCCGCCGUGGGAUUCAUCUACGACGUCAAAAAGGGCCCCUUCUGGGAACACAGCCCCAUGCUCUUCGACAUAUCAGGCAUCCGCACCGGCUGGGCCAAAAUCAACAAAGGCAUGAUCAAAAUGUACAACGCCGAAGUCCUCUCCAAAUUCCCCGUCGUGCAACACUUCCCCUUCGGCUCCCUCUUCAGCUGGGACCGCGACCCCAACACAAUCCCCCCACCGCAAUCAGCACACACCUCGUCUACGUCCCAGCCUCGACCGAGCGCCCCCGCAGCUGCAGGACCAGGCACCAAAGCACCGUGGGCGUCGGCGACAGGGCCAACAACAGCGCCGCCUCCAGGCGGGACCACCGCGCCCUGGGCCGCCGCUCGAGGACCGGCAGUCCCCUCGUCCAGAGCACCAAUGCCGACUUCGCUAACAGACACGUCUCGAUUACCGCCUGGACCAAUGGCGCCCACUCGCGCUCCAUGGUCUAGUUCCCCGUCGCCGGGUCCAAGCCCUGAUGAUAGACCGGAUGUGGUGACCAAGGCUCCUUGGUGA